AUGCCUGAUCUAGUCGAGCCUGACGGGGCUCCGCCUCAGCUACACCAAGCCUCCCUUCUUGAUACGAUCGAUAACCUGCGUAACCUCGGUGUCGGUGAUCUCGUUAGCUUGCCUCAGAUGAUUGUCUGUGGUUCCAAGUCCAAUGGCAAACGGUCUAUCAUCGAGGCAAUUUCUCGUGUCGGGUUUCCAGUGAAAAAUGAUCUUUACACUGGGUUUGUUACCGAGAUCAUACUACGCCGCCGUCCAAUACCCUGCUUCAAAGUGAGCAUCGAGCCCGGUCCGUCUAGAAAAAGCGACAAAGAUCUUCAACGAGUCAAGGCUUUUGGGCCCACUGUUCAUCCCAAUACUGAGCAGUCUGCAUCGCUCAUUGGGAAAGCUAUGGAGUUUCUUGGACCUUCCAUCGAGGAUGGAUUUACUGACGAUAUCAUCAAAGUCGAAUUCUCUGGCCCCGAGCAGCCUGAUUUGACUCUUAUUGAUAUUCCUGGGCGCUACUUCACUGAAGGUACGGAUGGCGGGGAUCGAGCAAAGGAUCCUGGCCGUCUUCACAUGGAAAAAUACUUGCUCAAUGGCCGCAGCAUCAUCCUCGCUGUGGUAUCUGCGAAAAUUGAUAUUUGUGUUCAAAGAAUCCUCGAUUUCGCAGACAAAUAUGACAAAGAACGAAAGCGGUUCAUGGGGAUUGUUACUCACCUCGAUACACUCGAGGCAUCAUCAGACGAGGAAAAGCUAUGGCUAAAGGGUAUCAAGCAAGCAACGUCCGAGCUACCGCUGGGGCUGCAUUUGGUGUGCACUCGAUCCUACGAGACACGCGACGUUCCUGAAAACGAAAGAGAUGAGAGGGAGAAGGAAUUCUUCGAGCGAGGAGAUUGGAAAACGGUGGCAAGGCAGUCUACAGGGACUGGCAAUCUGCGACGCCGACUCAGCACUCUUCUUAUCAACCACGUUCAAAGCAGCCUCCCUGACAUGAUCUCAGAAUUCGACAAAAUCAUACUGAAAAGCCAAUCGAGACUGGCCAAGCUCAGUGCUCCCCGACAGACCAUUCAUCAACAGAAAGCAUUGCUCUUCAAUCUGAGUAGCGCUUUCCAACGCAUAACCGAACAAGCACUGAGUGGCAUGUACAUUGACAACUUUUUUAAUACAUCGGUUCAGGGGAAUAAUGGUAAAUCCAAGUCUCACGACCCUCGACGUCUUCGUGCUGUCAUUCGUGACUUGAACGAGGAUUUUGCAGAUAUUAUGGAACUUGCCGGGUGCCGUCAAUUUAUUCAUGGAGUCAACAAUCGGAUAACCUCGUUGUUGCACCCUUGCAACCCCUAUGCAAAUAUCAGACAACCCGUUCACAAGAGCCGCUCAGAGUUCGAACUCGAGGUCUGUGAGCAAAUGCGCCGCGACCGAGGGAUUGAAUUUCCAGGAAGUGCCAAUCAGUUACUGGUGGGUAGUCUGUUUCGGGACCAGUCGCAGCCUUGGGAGGAGAUUGCUCGAGUCCAUUUGUUGAAAUCAUGGGAGUGCACCCUGGACUUUGUGACGCUUCUACUAGACCAUCUUGCGGAUGAACGCACGUCUGUGGCAAUCAUGCGGACUAUCAUUGCCCCCCAACUUGAUAGAAUGGAAGAUAAGCUACUGAUAAAGCUACUUGAGCUGACUGCUUACAAUAAGCGGAGCCACCCAUUGCCGAUGAGUCGAAGCUUCCUUCAAGGUCAAGCAUUGCCUCCUGAUCGAAGCUUGGUUGCCAAGAUGCAGAAAAACAGGAAUGAUCGAGUGUUCUCCCAAUUCCAACAGAUGCUUCCUUCAGCCCCAACCGAUACUUUCAAUAUUGAAGGGCUCAGUCUGGCCACUCAGCGCUUGGAUUCAUCAAGCAAUCAGUCCACGGCCUCGGACAUUGUUGACCAGUUGCAAGCAUACUACAAUAACGCGCUUUUGAUCUUCAUGGACAAUGUUUCAACUCUCGGUAUCGAAAAUUGCCUUCUCGGCCCUCUAGGAGGUGUCUUGACAACCCAGACGAUCAUCAACAUGGAGGAUAAGGAAAUUGAGGAACUAUUCGCUGGUGUGCACGAUGGUGUACAGAAAUCGCGAGAAUACUUGGCUCACGAACUGGAGAGUUUACUGAGUGGGUUGCGAGCACUGAAGAAAUUCCUCGUUGCGAAGAAAACGACGCCAUUUAUUGGGAUAUUCAAGGAUCCUAAAGUAGUCCCGGCUCCUGGAUGUUCGUCCACUCAAUCGUUUCUCAUGCCCCAAGGGGUUCUAUGCAGUGGUUCAUCCUCCAAUCCAUUUGGAGUACUAUGUAUGGACUCUAGAACUCAGGAUCCAAGCGGAACGCCCAGGUAUCAAAUUUCGUGGCCAUACAGCUCGGCAUCCAACGCGCAGGGUUCAAUGAAAAUUUGCCCCAGUGGUCCAUUUGGCUUCAACCCCGGUACGGUCUACCCGGGAAUGGGGAGUGCUCCAUAUCUAUCUUUCACGAAUGCGAACCCCGAGCCAAGCUCUCGCGAUUCUGGUGCAACUGCAUCCUUCAAGCCUGCACUUCCGCUCCGAUCGACGGCCCAGCCUAGCAUUUUCUCGUCUUCCCUUCUUUCCACUACGCCAGACACACGUUGCUAUGAUCGUAAUUGGUACUGGGAAGAGAAGGAUGACCGCGAUGGUAGUGGGCUCCCAACCAAUCGAUAUCAUUCCAUAUGCUACCACGUUGACUUCAAAUCUUUCUCUCCAGAGGAGCUGCGAUGGGCUGACUAUCAGCUCAGCACGAAGUUAGCCGACGCCUUCAAGCUGGACGCUAGGCAGAGAGAGACAAAGACGGCCACAGGAACGAAGCGAUCAUCAGUCUUCCCUUGA